CCUUCUCUUUGCAUCGCCAGCUGCCAGAAGGCGGUGUUGGACCUAGGAAAGAAAAUCCAUGGCGUCUUCGAAUUAGGGUUUCUCUCUUCACAGUUGCUACACCAAUUAUGGCUUCCCUCUUGCUCUCUAAACCCUCUAGCCUCUCCACUUCCUUCCUCCCCACAAAGCCUUUCUUCCAUGGAAAUGCGAAGAACCGGAAAACUUAUUGCGCCACUUUUAAAGGCCCUAGGUGUGCUGUGGAUACACCACACGAAGGUAAUGUCCAGAAAUUUUCUCGGUUGAGAGUGUGGGAUCCUUAUAAACGCCUUGGCAUUACCCGUGAUGCCUCUGAGGAGGAAAUUUGGGGAUCACGCAAUUUUCUCUUGCAACAGUAUGCUGGUCAUGAGAAAAGUGAGGAAUCAAUAGAAGCUGCAUUCGAGAAAAUACUGAUGGCUAGCUAUCAACAUAGGAAGAAAACAAAAAUUAAUUUGAAGAGCAAGUUGAAGAAGAAAGUGGAAGAAUCUCCACCUUGGGUUAAGAAUUUGCUCAAUUUUGUGGAACUUCCUCCAACUGAUGUUAUAUUUAGAAGAUUGUUCCUAUUUGCAUUUAUGGGUGGCUGGAGUAUUAUGAAUUCUGCUGAAGGUGGACCUGCUUUCCAGGUCGCAGUAUCUUUAGCAGCAUGCAUAUAUUUCCUCAAUGAGAAAACAAAGAGCUUGGGCAGGGCCUUCAUCAUUGGAUUUGGUGCUCUUGUGACUGGCUGGAUAUGUGGUUCUCUCCUGGUCCCCAAUAUUCCAUCAGUUAUAUUACACCCUACUUGGACGCUUGAACUCCUAACAUCACUGGUUGUUUACUUUUUCCUCUUUCUUGGUUGUACCUUUCUCAAGUAAAAUGUCGUCUAUGGCAUAAUCAUCGGCAUUCACUUUCAUGGCGUUUUUGAAAGUUCUAAACAAGAACAAUUCUGAAAGCAUUUUUAUGUUUAUGGAGCAUGGAGUUAUCUAC